UGUGUGCGCACACCGCGCGGUCCCUCCCUGCAGCGGAGAAGAGAGCAGCAGAGGAGGAGAGCGGAGCUGAAGGUCACAGCUGGAUGAGCAUCAUCGUCCUCCUCAUCGAUCAUCUCAUCGAUUAAAGAUCCACUGAUCACAUUCACGAGCCUCUGCGGCGCAUGACGCAGUAGGAGCUGCUGGUCUACAACAUCCCGUCUCUCCGUGUGGUGUCCUCCGGCCGCCUCCAUCAUGGGGAACCGGGGGAUGGAGGAGCUGAUUCCGCUGGUGAACCGGCUGCAGGACGCCUUCUCCUCCAUCGGACAGAACUCUAACCUCGACCUGCCGCAGAUCGCGGUGGUGGGCGGACAGAGCGCCGGGAAGAGCUCGGUUCUGGAGAACUUCGUGGGCAAAGACUUCCUCCCUCGUGGUUCAGGAAUCGUCACUCGACGCCCCCUGGUGCUGCAGCUCAUCAACUGUCCAACAGAGUAUGCGGAGUUCCUGCAUUGUAAAGGGAAGAAGUUCACCGACUUUGAUGAAGUUCGUCAGGAGAUUGAAGCGGAAACAGAUCGGGCGACCGGACACAACAAAGGAAUCAGUCCAGUCCCCAUUAACCUGAGGGUGUACUCUCCCAACGUGCUGAACCUGACUCUGGUGGAUCUUCCGGGGAUGACAAAGGUUCCGGUGGGUGACCAGCCAGCCGACAUCGAGCACCAGAUCAGAGACAUGCUCAUGCAGUUUGUCACCAAAGAUAACUGCCUCCUAUUGGCUGUUUCCCCGGCCAACUCUGACCUUGCCAAUUCUGACGCUCUGAAGAUCGCCAAGGAAGUCGACCCGCAAGGUCUGAGGACCAUCGGUGUGGUCACCAAACUGGACCUGAUGGAUGAAGGAACCGAUGCCAGAGACAUCCUGGAAAACAAGCUGCUCCCUCUACGUAGAGGUUACAUCGGGGUUGUGAAUCGCAGUCAGAAAGAUAUUGAUGGGAAGAAAGACAUCACAGCAGCCUUGCAGGCCGAGAGGAAGUUUUUCCUGUCGCAUCCUUCGUACCGUCACCUGGCUGACCGCAUGGGUACCGCUUACCUGCAGAAAGUCCUUAACCAGCAACUCACCAACCACAUCCGGGACACGUUGCCGGGGUUACGCAGCAAACUGCAGAGCCAGCUGCUGUCCAUUGAGAAGGAGGUGGAGGAGUACAAAAAUUUCAGACCAGAUGACCCGAGCCGCAAGACCAAAGCCCUACUACAGAUGGUACAGCAGUUUGCGGUGGACUUUGAGAAGCGGAUCGAAGGUUCUGGAGACCAGGUGGACACCUAUGAGCUGUCGGGAGGAGCAAAGAUUAACCGCAUCUUCCAUGAGCGUUUCCCCUUUGAACUGGUGAAGCUGGAGAGCGACGAGAAGACCCUUCGUAAAGAGAUCAGCUAUGCCAUCAAAAACAUCCAUGGAAUCAGGACGGGUCUUUUCACACCUGACAUGGCUUUUGAGACGAUUGUGAAGCGGCAGAUCGCUCAGAUCAAAGAACCGUGUCAGAAGUGUGUGGACAUGGUGAUCAGCGAGCUUGUCAACACUGUGAGGCAGUGUACUCAGAAGUUGGCCCAGUAUCCUAUGCUACGAGAGGAAAUGGAGAGAAUUGUGACUCAGCACAUCAGAGACCGAGAGAGCCGCGCCAAAGACCAGGUGAUGCUUCUGAUUGACAUCGAGUUAGCCUACGUCAACACCAACCAUGAAGACUUUAUUGGCUUUGCAAAUGCACAGCAGAAGAGCAGUCAGAUGAGCAAGAAGAAGGCUGCAGGAAACCAGGACGAGAUCAUGGUGAUCCGUAAAGGCUGGCUCACUAUCAACAACAUCAGCAUCAUGAAGGGUGGAGCUAAAGAGUAUUGGUUCGUCCUGACUGCUGAGACCCUGUCCUGGUACAAAGAUGACGAGGAGAAGGAGAAAAAAUACAUGCUGCCUGUGGACAACCUGAAACUGAAGGACAUCGAGAAGAGCUUCAUGUCCAGCAAACACAUCUUCGCCCUGUUCAACACUGAACACAGGAAUGUGUACAAGGACUACCGUCAACUGGAGUUGGCCAGUGAGUCUCAAGAGGAGGUGGACAGCUGGAAAGCUUCUUUUCUACGUGCUGGAGUGUACCCUGAACGCAGCGUGGACAAAGAGAAGGUGGAGGUGGAGGACUCGAACACUGACGGACAGAUUCAUAGUAUGGACCCUCAGCUGGAGCGACAGGUGGAAAUUGUGAGGAACCUGGUGGACUCGUACCUGGCCAUCAUCCACCGCACUGUCAGAGAUCUCAUUCCCAAGACCAUCAUGCACCUGAUGGUCAACAAUACAAAGGAGUUCAUCCACGCAGACCUGCUGGCUCACCUUUACUCCUGUGGAGACCAGAACUCUUUGAUGGAGGAGUCUCAAGAACAGGCCCAGCACCGUGAUGAGAUGCUCCGGAUGUACCACGCCCUGCGAGAGGGCCUCAGCAUCAUUGGUGACAUCAGCACCUCCACCAUUACCACGGCAAUGCCUCCACCUGUUGACGAUUCCUGGCUGCAGGUGACAGGGAUGCCGUCUGGUCGCAGGUCUCCUAUGUCCAGUCCAACGCCUCAGCGUCGGGCCCCUCCAGGUCCUCCUCGACCUGGUGGCCGUGCAGCCCCAGGUCCUCCUUCUCGGCCUGCGGUGUCACCUGAUCCUGGACCACCACCUUCUGUCCCGUCGCGACCCAACAGAGCCCCCCCACCUGGAGUCCCCAGUCGUCCCAGUAAAGGUAGCCCCGCCCAUGGAGAGAGUCCCCAGUCUUCUGUUGAGGGUUAACCCAACGUGUUUGUGUCUUUGCUGUGUUUCUGUGAACCUUUCAGUAAUAAGGAUAGUUAUCAGCACAUUGUGACUUAUUGAUCAGCAAUACUGCGUGCAUGAACCUGUUGUCCGUCUGUCAGAACAGAACCGUGUAAUGUUGUUAUUGGACGCCUCCGGAGACGUCUCACUCUGCUCUGGAUCUCCAGGCUGGUCUGAGAUCAGACCCGGUAGCUCCUGGAUUUUUAGUUUCUCUCCUGUUUGAGGCUGAGAUUUUUCUUUACAGUGUAAAGUAUAAAAAUGAUUUCAACAUGUCUGUUUGUUGAUCUAUUUAUUGAUUUAUUUAUGAUCUGCAGUUCUCAUUAGUGUUCAGUAAAUCUGUAUUCUACUGUGUUCUACUGUGAUAGAUUUGAAACAUUAGAUUACGCUCUGCUGACGCUGACCUCUCCACCUUCAUACUACCAUCGGUUUUAACCAGUCUAACACCUUGUUGGAACAAAGGUGUGAAGCAGAUCCAUUAGGUUCUGUAUUACUUCCAAUGGUUCCAGCUGGAUCUAACCUUCUUGAGCUGAUUUUACUAGAAUCACAUGUUCCAGCUGGUUCUAACUGGUUCUGACUGGGUUGAGGAGGUAAAAGAGGAGGUGUGUGACUGACAGCUGAGCUGUCUUUGUCUUACCUGUAAUUAAGACCCAGUUUUUAACUAUGUGGUUGUUGUUUGGACCGACAUGUCGUAUCCUGUGUUUUUUCCCAAAAUAUCUGACCGACUCGGCCCGUUGCAGGUGUAUAGUUGCUGAUGAAGAUGGAGACGAUCAGACCACAGUCAGCAGAUGCUUGUCUCCAUGACGACUGAAUUUGCAGAUGUACCUGUGCUCCCUGUUAGUGUUAGCAUGUGGUGCUGUGUGUGGCGUUGGCGGACUCUGAGCUGCGUUCAGCUGCGUCAGGACAAUGUUUGGACGCUGUGAAGUGUUUUGUGUGUUGAGCAUGCUCAGUAAUUCAGAUUUAAAGUGUUUUAUGAAGUGUUGUGCAUUGCUGCAGCAGCGUGUUGAACGCAGCUCAGCCUCCAACACACACACACACACACACGCGCACACAAACCUGUGUUAGUGGAUGUUCACUCUGUAUGGUGUUAAUAUUAAUCUAUGUUUACACAAUAUAUGAAGAUUAUAAGAAUUAUAAUGAUGAUUAUGUAACACAUAUAUGUGAAGAAAAGAUAUCUGUAACACUGAAAUAUGCAGCGGCCCGCUCUGUAGUGUGUGUGUGUGUAAGAGCGUGUGUGUGUGUGUGUGUGCACGCAUCACAGUGUGUUAGUGUGACGUGAUGUUGUGUAUCCUCAUAUCACAUGAUAAGGGCCAACACACAUGAAUAAAGUUGUGUGAAUGAUGA